UGGUGGUGGUGUGUGCGCACAGAAAACAAAACAAAACUAGCACAUGCCAGAGAAAAAGAAUUUGACAAAUACAUUUUAGAGAUUCUCUCCCCAUAGGCCAGUUAUUCACAUGGUAAGAGUACACUCUUUUUAUGAAAGAAUGUGAGAAAGGCCAAAUUAAUUCUGUGCUUUAUCUGUGAAGCCAGGACAAGGGACAGUAGGCUAUAAUUUGUGAAUAUGUGUGCAUCCAGGGCAGAGAGAGAGAGAAAAGUGAGUACCUUCUCUGAUUAGGGCAUGUAAAAUGCUGCUUGCCCAAGGGAGCUUCCAAUGCCCUGCUGUGGUGCCCAGUUGGCAAAAGCAGAGUGUAUUAGAUGACCCCAGACAAAAGUUCUGCUGCGCUCCAGGUCCCAUUGGAUCCCCUGCUGGCGUGAGGACCCUGGACAUUUAAAUAUGAAUGAAUGGCAGAAAGGAAUGGUUCUGGAUUCUGUCAGGCAGAACAACCAGCUGUCUUAGGCAGCUCCUCUGCCCCAGACCCAGUCCCCUGACCUGUGCGAUCUACUGAGGACUUCCCUCAGCCCCACAUCAAGGCCAGGUGGGUGCUUACUCCAGAGUAGUGCGAGGUCAUGGGAGAGGACUUUGGGGGCACACUUUCCAAUCAUGUUACCUCAGUGAAUGGAGACAGUGCAUUUGGUUGGUUUGGAUUUUCCCUUCCAAAGAAGGAAGGUGAAACGGACUGAGCAGAGAAAGAUGAAAAGAAGUUAAAAAAAAAAGUAGAAGAAAAAGAAAGAAACCCCUAGACCAAAAGUGAACAGAAUUAGGAGCAUUUAUUGUAGAAAGGACUGAAGAAUCACCCCCCCCCCACACCCCCAGGGAAUGGCAGGAUUUGAAGAGAGGUGUGCGUGAGGGAGCAAGGAGCAGAAGGAAGGCAGCCUGUCAGAAACGGGCAGUCCCUCCUCCCCAGUCACAGCUCUUACUCACAGCCGCCCUCCCUCCCUCUCCAUUCACUCACUCACUUAGGGCCAAUCCGUGUUUCUCUCUCUCUCUCUCUCUCUCUCUCUCUCUCUCUCUCUCUCUCUCUCUCUCUCUCUCUCUCUCUCCCUCUCUCCCUCUCUCUCCCUCCCUUCCCUCCCUUCCCCCUCCCUUGCUCUCCCUCUCUUUCUCCCCCUCUCCCUCUGUCUUCUCUCCCCGUCUCUCCUUUCUCCCUGUCUCUCUCCCUCCCAUCCUCUCUCAGUCUCUGUCUCCCCCCCACCCUGUCUCUUCCUUCCUCCCUCCCUCUCUCCCUCCCUCCCUCUCUCCCUCCCUCCUUCCUUCUCUUUUACUCGGAGACAGUCAGAACUCUCCUCCCUGAGAGCCACAAACCUACAGCACUGACUGCAUUCAGAGAGGGAACCUGCAAACAAAACUUCACAGAAAACUUUUUGCUCUUGUUCCAGAGAAUUUGCUGAAGAGGAGAAGGAAAAAAAAAGUCCAAAAAAAAAAAAAAAAACAACCAAAAAACCAACAACAAAAAAAAAACCUGUGCGUGAGGGUAGGAGGAAAAGCAGGGCCUUUAAAGAAGGCAACCCUACGACUUUUGCUGCCAGGAUGCCCUUGCUUUGGCUGAGAGGAUUUCUGUUGGCAAGUUGCUGGAUUAUAGUGAGGAGUUCCCCCACCCCAGGACCCGAGGGGCACGGCGCAGCCCCGGACUGCCCGUCCUGUGCGCUGGCCACCCUUCCGAAGGAUGGACCUAACUCUCAGCCAGAGAUGGUAGAGGCUGUCAAGAAACACAUCCUAAACAUGCUGCACUUGAAGAAGAGACCCGAUGUCACCCAGCCGGUGCCCAAGGCGGCGCUUCUCAACGCGAUCAGAAAGCUUCAUGUGGGCAAAGUGGGGGAGAACGGGUACGUGGAGAUAGAGGACGACAUUGGCAGGAGGGCCGAAAUGAAUGAACUCAUGGAGCAGACCUCGGAGAUCAUCACCUUUGCCGAGUCAGGUACAGCCAGGAAGACACUGCAUUUCGAGAUUUCCAAGGAAGGCAGUGACCUGUCCGUCGUGGAGCGUGCAGAAGUCUGGCUCUUUCUGAAAGUCCCCAAGGCCAACAGAACCAGGACCAAAGUCACCAUCCGUCUGUUUCAGCAGCAGAAGCACCCACAGGGCAGCUUGGACAUGGGGGAUGAGGCUGAGGAAAUGGGCUUAAAGGGGGAGAGGAGUGAACUGUUGCUAUCAGAGAAAGUGGUUGACGCUCGGAAGAGUACCUGGCACAUCUUUCCAGUGUCUAGCAGCAUCCAGCGCCUGCUGGAUCAGGGAAAGAGUUCCCUGGAUGUGCGGAUUGCUUGUGAGCAGUGCCAGGAGAGUGGUGCCAGCCUAGUGCUCCUGGGCAAGAAGAAGAAGAAAGAAGUGGAUGGAGAUGGGAAGAAGAAAGAUGGAAGUGAUGGAGCAGUGGAAGAGGAAAAGGAACAAUCACAUAGACCUUUCCUCAUGCUUCAGGCUAGGCAGUCCGAAGACCAUCCUCACCGCAGGCGUAGGCGGGGCUUGGAGUGUGAUGGCAAGGUCAACAUCUGCUGUAAGAAACAAUUCUUUGUCAGCUUCAAGGACAUUGGCUGGAAUGACUGGAUCAUUGCUCCCUCUGGCUAUCAUGCCAACUAUUGUGAGGGUGAGUGCCCAAGCCACAUAGCAGGCACCUCUGGGUCCUCUCUCUCUUUUCACUCAACAGUCAUCAACCACUACCGCAUGAGGGGUCAUAGCCCCUUUGCCAACCUUAAGUCAUGUUGUGUGCCCACCAAGCUGAGACCCAUGUCCAUGCUAUAUUAUGAUGAUGGUCAAAACAUCAUCAAAAAGGACAUUCAGAACAUGAUUGUGGAGGAGUGUGGCUGCUCCUAGAGUUGCCAGGUCCCAGAGGAAAUGGAUCUAGAAAGUCCAGAGAAGACAGUGGCAAAAUGAAGAAAAAUAUAAGAUACCUGAAUUAAACAAAACAACCAGAAAAAUAGAAAUAAAAAACCCCACAAAAACAAAAACUAGACUGAAAACAAAACCUUAUGAAACAGAUGAAGGAAGUUGUGGAAAAAUAUCCUAAGCCAGGGCUCAGAGAUGAAGCAGUGAAGGAAACAGGGAUUGGGAGGAAAAGAGAGAAUGGUGUACCCUUCAUUUCUUCCAAAACCAAACUGAUGGCAUCAGUUUUAUCCAAACUGGGUAUUGUCCUCUCUCCUGCCUCUUGCGGUUCCCUUGUGAGCCUGGAAGUCUACUUGUCUAUUCUGCAGUAAUGUGGGCUAGCACAACCCAAAUAAUGUCUAGAAAGCCAUGAGUUUUAAAGGGCCAGUCCCACCCAGAUACCCAGGUCAUAAGUAUGUCUAUGUGACACUAUCUCUGUAUUUCAGCGUGUACAUACACACGCACAGGCACACACACAUACAAACACACACACACACACACACACACACACACACACACACACACACACACGCACGCACGCACGCACGCACUCACACAUACAUACACGACACACAGAGGUAUUUCCACACACCACAUGCAUACACAUACUGGUAAAAGAAUAAUUCUGUGCAGGUGGUCACAUUUUCUUUUCUGUACCACUUUUGCCACAAGACAAAAUCAACAUAAAACAUUGAGAACAGGAAUGGAAAGAGUGAAAGAUCAAGGAAAAAAGAAUACCAAGUUACAUUUCGUUAAGGUGCUUAUGAUCUUAGAACUAUGCAACCUAAUAGGUUUGAAACUGUUUACCUGAAAGAGGACAAAAAGAGAGACUUUUUUGUAUUGGGAGUAACCUGAUUAAUUUUUAUUUUCUUCAAGGAGAGAUACUUGAAAGGAAUAUGUUUGUCCAUCUGUUGGAUUCAAACAUUUCUAUAUUUUGUAAAUGUUGUUUUUUUAUCGUUUACUAUUUGCACUACAAUGGUGUUUGACCUGUCUAAUCCUUAUUUAACAAGUAUUUUCUUUGGGUGGGGGUGGGGGUGGGGUUUAAGAGCUGCACUUCAUGUGAGCUAUAAAAGAACUGCUACAGCACACAAAAUAGCUAUUUUUAUUAUUAUAAUUAUAAUUAUUAUUAUUAUUUUGUACCUUAAAAAUAGACACAUACACCAAAGACAUUUGUGUGAGCCUUUAAACAGUCUGUCUGUGGUUGGUAUUGUUCACCAUCAAUGAGUCAGGGGUCAAGAUUUAAGGUCGAGUUAGGUGGGUUGGGUUCAGGCUUAAGAGACCUGAGAGGUUGGGUUUUGACUCUUUUUACAUCCAUGAAACAGGAUAUUUCAUACUGGAUGUACAGUAGUGUACACUGUUGGAUUAUCAAGUUCAAAUUCAUGAGACUACAUGCUUGUAUGUGUAUAUAUACAUUGCUUGUGCAUACGCAUACCUGUGUGUAUAUAUACAUGUAUUGUACCAUGUCCAUACACAUUUUAAGCACUUCAGGCUGUCAUUUUUUUAAAUGUUCUUAAAACAAUGAAUGUUUGUGUGCAAAACACAGUAUUUUUAAGAAGGAUAAGUGAUAGAUUUUUCUUGCUUUUACUCUGUAUUAGGUGGGUACAUUUCAAAUAUUUGGAUGGGAAAAAGCCUGUAAAUCCCAGUGAGUAUCCAGCGAGGCCCUCUUUAAAUGUACAAGAUAAAAUCCCCCCUCUUUCUCACCCCUGCUCCCUACAAGUUAUCCCCUGUGGGGAAAACGGGAUGUUAAUAAAAACAGUGGGCUGAGUUUUUUCGACUUAUAUUUAUUAUUUAUUGGAAUCAAUCUUAAAUCAGAAACUUUUUCGGAAAAAAUAUCUCUAGGCUAGAAUAAAAGUUCUUUUUUUUUUUAAUAGUGUUGUUACUACUUAAAUAAUAAAACAAGCAGGAAAGUAUUUAAGACAGUGGAAGUUAAGGGAGAGAGUACUUAGGAGCCAGGGAGUAGGGUAGUUGUUCAAAUCUCUAAUAUUUUAUUUUACAGCCCAAAAUCUUGAUGUGUAAGUUUGUAUUUUUCAGAGGCAAAACUGAAAAGAUUGUCUUAUAAAUAUCAAAUACAUGCUUAAACCCAAGUUUCUAAUUUAGUCCAGUGUUUUGCUUGUCUAAAACAGCUAAUAAAUUAUUCAUUUAUGUAUUUAAAAUACAGAGCCUUAUUUUUACGGACUUGUUUGAAGUUUGAAAACUUUAUAAAAAUGAAAAACUCUAAUUGAGAAAAACUAUAUUCCUCAGUAUUUUAUAAAAUAUUAAAACUUUUAGCAUUAAUUCAGUCCAUAGAUUAAAGUCAUUGUAGGAAAAUGAAAUAAAAGUGAGAAAUUAAAUCUUACAAAAGCUGGUUUAACUCUCAAAAAGCCCUAAGUCAAUAUAUAUUAUAUAUACUAAGUCAAUAUACAUUAUCAUAUUAGGCUGUAUGUAGGCAAUCUACUUUAGUCUUGUUACUGGGCAAACAUACUCACUGUGUUCCAGGGGCCCUCCCUGUCUUAUGCAGGAAAUGCAUGUACUGCAUAAGAAAUAAAUUAUAAUUAAGGUCCAUUGACCUUGGAGAUCUUGCAUGUGGGGACAGAUGGCAUGGUGUGGAAAAUUGAGGGGAAGUAGAUGGCCAGGUUCAACUUUGCCAAUUUUUAUGAAAAACUUUAGAGCCCUCUGAACUGUUUCCUUGGUACCGGAACUAAUACUGGGACCUAUAGAAAUAGUGUGUAGAGGUCUACUGUGCCAUAUCAGAAACUAUCUAGACCAUGGGAAGAGCAGGAUUUAUGAAACUACUAAUUAUAGUUCUUGUUCAUCUGAGAUGAAUGUGUAAUCUUUUAAAGCCCUUUAAAUUCUAGAUGUACUGGGGGUAAGCUUGUGUUUAAUUAGUAACCAUAGUAAUUAAAUCUAGAAAAAAAAAUGAAUUCCACAGGACAGUGUAUUAAUUGGGGAUCAAGUGACUUGGUUGUCACAUACCAAUAAACCACAUCUGAGCUCAUCAAAUUUGUAUGGCCUUGCAAUAGAAUUUAAAUUUGUGAACAUCUUUAAGCAUAUUAGAUAUUAUUUUGCUAUAGUUAGCACUCCCAGAAAACACAAUGUCUUGUGAACAACUGGUCCUUUCAAAUGGCUAUUCAGUCCAAAAUCAAAAAGCUUUUACUGUCUAACAUCUUAGUUUCUGCGUGGUAUACUUUACCUAGCAUUAGAGUGGCUCUUUCUAGUCUCCUCAAUUUCUCUAGGAUAAUUGUUAAGUACCUGCCCACAUGAAUUCCAGAAGUUAUGAAGAGCAUCUGUGCUCAGUAUCUCUUUAAAAAUUAAAUACUUUGUGAGCUUAAUUGACAUUUCCCCCACCAAAAGUAAGGCAAAUUCCAGCACAAUGACUGAGAUUUUCUUAUCCUAGAAGACCAGCCAAUUUCAUGUUCAUUUAAGAUUGAUUCCACACUCCUUUGUCAAGGAGAGGUCUUGCAUUUUCCUAAAUGACAGAAUAAGCAAAAUUGUUUCACAUUUGCGGGACUGAACUCAAGAGGUGACUUAAAAAAAAAAAAAAGAAUAGACAUGCCUCAAUUGUAGUAAACAUAAAUUUAAAUGAUUGUGGUCACUUGAAAAAUAUGAUUUCCUAUGGGCCUUUUGGCAAUUUCUCUUUCCAAUGUAGAGAAAAGCUCAAUCACCCCCAAAGCCCACAUAAGUGAAACUUGUAGAUGUGGGCAGGAGGUUUUGGGGAUGAACACUGUAUGUGUUUCAAUUAAACCCUGUCACACAGAGAAGUUAUUGGAAGGCUCAGAGAUAAUGAAUGCUAAGAUGCUGUUCACAUCUUCAAGAGCAGAAUCACAUGUCUCAGCUAUAUUAUUAUUUAUUUUUAUGCAUAAAGUGAAUCAUUUCUUCUGUAUUAAUUUUCAGUGGGUUUUACCCUCUAUUUAAAUGCUUUGAAAAACAGUGCAUUGACAAUGGGUUGAUAUUUUUCUUUAAAAGAAAAAUAUAAUUAUUAAGCCAAGAUAAUCUGAAACCUAUUUUGUUCUAAAACUUUUUAUGUUACGUGGUUGAUGUUUGUUUGUUUUUAUUUUUAUUUUGUGAGUUCUUUUGCAUACUAUAUGCAAUUCUUUAACCAAUGUCUGUUUGGCUAAUGUAAUUAAAGUUGUUAAUUUAUAUGAGUGCAUUUCAACUAUGUCAAUGGUUUCUUAAUAUUUAUUUUGUAGAAGUACUGGUAAUUUUUUAUUUACAAUAUGUUUAAAGAGAUAACAGUUGGAUAUGUUUUCAUGUGUUUAUAGCAGAAGUUAUUUAUUUCUAUUCCAUUCCAGCGGAUAUUCUGGUGUUUGCGAGGCAUGCAGUCAUUAUUUUGUACAGUUAGUAGGCAGUAUUCAGCAAUGCCUGAUAGCUUCUUUGGCCUUAUGUUAAAUAAAAAGACCUGUUUGGGAUGUA